CCUGCACGUGGGUUUUCUCUGAUCUUUGAUUUCUUGAAGAACAGCAUGGGAGACAAAGUUUUACUGAUCGGUGGUGGAGGAAGGGAGCAUGCUAUUGGAUGGAAGCUUUCCCAAUCAAAUCAUGUUGGACAAAUCUUUGUUGCACCGGGCAAUGCGGGAAUUUCUUUACAACCGAAAACACAGAAUAUCCCUUCUCUCGAUUGUAACAACAACGAAAGCAUCAUUAAAUACUGUUUAGAGAACAAAAUAGACUUUGUUAUUAUAGGACCUGAAGUACCAUUAGCUAAUGGCUUAGCCGAUGCGCUGCGUGAUAUGAAAAUUCCAUGUUUUGGCCCAAGUCGCAGGGCUGCACGGAUUGAGGCAAGCAAACAGUUCGCCAAAGAGUUCAUGCUCCGCCACGGUAUUCCUACCGCACGCUGGAAGGCCUUCACAGAUCUACAGGAAGCAUUUCAACAUAUUGAAUCAGCUCAUUAUGAAGCUCUAGUGAUAAAAGCCAGUGGUUUAGCAGCUGGGAAAGGUGUGGUUGUUGCUAGUAGCAAAGAAGAGGCUGUCAAAGCUGUCAGAGAAAUGCUACAGGUAAUCAAAAGAGCAUGGUCUUUCAAGAAUUGAAUACAUAGCUAUCGAAAGGCUCCCCUUAACCACUUUGUUAAAUCAAAUCAUGUUUAAUUAAAAAUAAAUUUGUUCACGUGGAUAUGAAAAGAUCCUAUCAUCUUUUAUCAUGAUUCACAAAUCAAGAAAAAAAAUUAAAUCACGAUUCACAGGGGGGAUUGCCCAACCACUCUUCAUGUACAAAGUACUCAAUUCAUGUUGAUAAUUCGAAACAGUAGGAAUUUUGAUGGUGUUUUGAAUAUUUUGUUUUGAAAAAGGUGAAUAACAAAAAAAGGUACUUUUUGUCUGCUGUACAGGACAAGAUAUUUGGUGAGGCAGGGUCAACAAUAGUCAUAGAGGAAAAAUUAGAAGGAGAGGAAGUUUCUGUAAGUGUUGAUUUGAUUGAUCGUUGAUAAUUAAAAAAUUAAUUAGCAGUAGGAUUUGUUCAAAGGGUGUGCUAUGCUCGUUGUCUUUGAAGUGCUGAAUCAGUUGCAUUCACUUAUUGUCACAUGGCAUAUUGAAUUUGUCUGCCUGGUUAAGUUGUAGCUCAAACACUCUAAUAAGCCUUUGGGGCCAGUUUGAAAGGGGUUUAACAUUAAUCUAGGAUUAAAAGUUAACCCUGGCUUUAAUUUCUGGUGUAGAGGAGAGGGGUACAAGAGCUAAGGUUUUUUCGGGGUUUAUCUUGAUAUUACUCGAUCCUAACAGGAAAAAUGCAAAAGAAAAAUCCUUUUGCAAAGCUGUUAAACUAAAUUAAAAAUUUGCAGUAACUCCAGGUUAGGUUAAUCAUGUAUUAAAAAACCCAGCCCAGGGUGCUUAUGAAUUUCUAAGGGCUUUCAAAGAGUGGUAUUUAGGGCUCCAAGCUCCACUUUUCAUCAAGUUGCCUUUUGCACAGGGGGAUAUACUUCAGUUUUCCAAAGCAGCACUGUUAUUUAAGGAUAAAUUGAUGAGUAAAGGGAAUUUGCCAUUGUGAGUGUAUCUGUUGCAGGUACUCUGUUUUACUGAUGGUAAGACAAUUGCUGUGAUGCCGCCUGCUCAAGAUCAUAAACGCUUGUUGGACAAUGAUCAGGGUCCUAAUACAGGAGGAAUGGGUGCAUAUGCACCCUGUCCCCAGGUAUGUUAGAGAGAUUCCCCACACUUCAGACUCCAAUUGAAAAGGUCUAGCUUGGUACUCAACUCCAGCAAUGUGUCUGUCCACCCAGGAAUAGACAUGGAAAUGGUCUAGCAAUGUGUCUGUUCACCCAGGAGUAGACAUGCAAAUGGUGCAGGUCAGAAAACUUCACCAAGAAACCUUGUUUAAUCCUUUACACCCUAAGAUUAUUAUGCACAUUUUCCACACUGUUCUCUGGACAUUUGCAAUGAAACUGACAAAGAGAAUCUUAACACAAAUGACACAAGUUUACUUUUUUUAAAAGGUAUUUUCAAGUCAUAAGGAAUGCAUCCAUUGUUGCCAGGGUUUCACUUGGUAUUGUUAUCAUGAGAAACCAGAAGAAUUGUUUCUCUCUCUUGAUUGUUCCUGUAAGACAUCAUGAAAAGAUCUUUGUGUGCACACUGCUCAUGAAACUGAAAGAUGAGCUCUAAAAGUAAAUUUCUUGUGUUGUUUUUGAAACUCUCUUUAGGUUUCCAUGCAUCUGAAGGAAGAAAUUGCCAGAGAUGUUCUUCAGAAGGCAGUUGAUGGUUUACGAGAAGAAGAGUGUCCAUUUGUUGGAGUUCUGUUUGCUGGAAUGAUGUUGACAGCCAAUGGACCUAAGGUUCUGGAGUUUAAUUGUCGGUUUGGUGAUCCAGGUGAGAGGAAAUAUUCCCAUGUUUCAAAAAGGGGAGAAUGCGUAGAUGGUGUUCUCAGUGACAAAAAAUGCUUUUGGGAACUAUUGAUUAAUCAGAGUGCUGUCCUUGGAUAAGUCAGUAUUUCUCAACUUUUGAGACUCCAGUCUCUCUCAAGGAAAACAUUUGGACUGUCAGGGAUAUUGCUGACUGCUUUCCUCUGGGACUAGACAUUAACUAAGUUUGAUUUUUUUCCUAUUGCAGAGACACAGGUUAUAUUGCCAUUACUGAAGAGUGAUCUCUAUGCAACCCUUAUGGAAUGCGUAAAUGGUGAGCUUAGCCUUUCCUUACCCCAGUGGCACACAGACAGGUUUGCGGUGGGUGUGGUUGCAGCUAGCGGUGGAUAUCCUGGUUCAGUGAAGAAAGGGUGCGUCAUCAAAGGAUUGAAAGACUUAGAGGUUAGUUUUGUUUUCACAUGUAGCAUUGUGCCAGUGAAUAUAAUAUGGAGAUGCAUUUACUCUAAUUGGUUAAGUAUUGUCUAGUAUAUUGUUUUUAUCAUUCAGCGUAAUUUUGAAAAUGACCACCAUGCAUUUUUUUGGCAUUUCGGAAGAAAAUAGUGAGAAGUACAUGUACAUAGCUGAUUGUUACACUAGUUUGUGACAGUGCCAAUUAAAAACAAUAAUUAUUAUCCACCUCCUGCUUUGGAAAUAUCGCAUUGACAAAGUCAAGGGACUGCACAAAUACAUUGUUACAGUAAUACACUGCAGAAGAGGGCAGAAAUGAAGAUGGAAAGCAAAUCAACAAAAUGGUCUGAAUAAAUGAUCCAGACUAAAACUUGCUUAUAUCCAUAUACAUGAAGCUGGACUUUUUGAGGGACAAACUUGUUUGUGUUAUAUUUGAAACUGUCAAAUGAGAUGUUAACAUUCACCCUACUUUUGGCUGAUAAUAAUAACAUGGUAGGUUAUUAAAUUCAAUGAAAUACUAGCUAUGAAGGAUGUGUGGAUUUUUUAGUUUGCAAUCCAUGUUUUCUCUCUAUACUUAACAAUGCAUAUUUCAAGGUUAUCUUUAAUCUUUAAAGCAAUUUUCUUCAUGCCUUACAGUGAUCAAACUAAAGUCAAGUAAUUAAAUUAGUUUCUUUUUAUUAGUCACCUUUUAAUCCAAGGCAAUUUGGUUUUUGUAAUUUAUGCACAAAGGGUCUCAAUAAUGUAGUGGUGUUUCAUGCUGGGACAGCCAUCCAAAGGAAAGAAGAUGAUGAAGUUUUAGUUACUUCUGGCGGAAGGGUGAUGGCAGUUGUUGGCAUGGCCACAGGAAUAGAAGAUGCUCAGAAAACAGCAUAUGAGAGUAUCAAGAGGAUUACGUUUGAGGGGAUUCAGUACAGGAAGGAUAUUGCAUCUAGAGCUUGCAAGUACAGUGGUUUAUGCAUUCAUUAAUGGAUAUUGAUUUUGGACAUGAUUUAUUUAUGUGUUAUGUGUAUAAACAAAGAACUUCUUACUUGCUCAGUUCUAUGUUAAAACUGACAACCUUUAUUCAUUACAAAAUCAUUAUAAUUUAUACAAAGUGCAGUGCCCUUGCUUAUGCUAAUUGCACAGUUAUGUGUUGUGCAAGAGUGAAGAUGACAUUUACUUAGAGCAACAGACUCGUCUUUUGCACCUUUUGCAAGUUGUGGUUCUUGAUACCUUCUAGCCUGUGACAAGUAACUCAUAUUUCUCCCUGUCAUCCCAGUAGUUGUCCCUGUCAUCUCUCUGUAGUACUGUUGUGGACUAAUGCUUUGCUAAUGUUCGUAGUUCAAACUGUUAGGCAUUUCAUCCUGAGCUGAUCUUGAGCUGGACAACUAACUUAAACAGUUCAUCUGUUGUCAAACUGGCUAACUGUAGUGAAAGAAAUUAUUAUCAAGAGGGACUGCCCAAAUGGUUGAGUGAUGUAUGCCAGAGAAGUGAAACAUGUUUUUCUAAACAUUCUACUAAAUCUUGGAUGUAUUAUUGUUAAUAUAGUUUCACAUUUCACUCCAACUUGAACAGAGCCAGAGGCCUGACCUAUUCUGGUGCUGGAGUGGACAUAGAUGCUGGCAACCUUUUGGUGAAUGCAAUCAAACCCCUAGCUGCCUCUACAGCACGCACAGGUUGUACAGCUGAUCUUGGUGGCUUUGGAGGCUUCUUUGAUCCCAAAGCUGCUGGUUACUCAGAUCCAUUGCUUGUUAGUGGGACAGAUGGUGUUGGAACUAAACUCAAGGUUAGGAUAAUUGAAACAUUCAUAAAAAGAAAAAAAAGGAAUUAUAGAGAGGUGGCUGGUUUUUAAGAGUACCAACAAUUCUCCUCAUGAAAACUUGCUUUGCAGUUUGGUUCAUUUGUAAUGUAACCCUUAAGAAUCCAGCCAAGAUAGUUUAAUCUGCAGAAAAGCGAUUUUGUCUCAAGUUUGAAAUUAACUGUGUUUGUGUUGUGGAUUGCAGAUUGCACAGACUGUUGGCAUGCAUGGCUCAGUUGGUAUUGAUCUGGUUGCAAUGUGCGUGAAUGACAUUCUUGCACAUGGUGCUGAGCCAUUGUACUUCCUGGAUUACUUUGCAACUGGAAAGUUAGAUGUGGGUGUUGCCAAGGAAGUGAUUCAUGGUAUAGCACAGGGCUGUUCCCAAGCUGGGUGUGCUCUUCUAGGAGGUAGAAAUACAAUUACGAUACUUGUCACCUCAGCUUUAUUCAGAGGUUUUUUAGUAGCCAGCCAAGGUUGAAAUUUAAUUUAGAUGAAGAUUGGUGUUUUACUGCUUUGUCUAACUAAAGUAGCUGCUGCUUCAGAAAGGCAUUGCUCGGAAAAAUGUCCGCUUCCAAUGAUCUACGGGAACACUGUCAUUUAUAAUAUCCAGGUCAAUCAUCAUUUUUUUUUUUUUCUACAACAUGUGGUUUGCCAGUGUUGCUGACCAGAAGUUAUCAUUCUUAACUGUUCUUCUGAUUGGGAGUCCAACAUGCUCAUCACUCAACCGAGCUAUCCCCACAAUAUUGAAUUAACCCCUAGUUUAUACUCCAACAUUGGUGUAAUAUUCUCCUUAUUGUUCUCAAUACAUUUCCAAUGAUACCAAUUAGGAGAACAAAUUUGACAAUUAGUAGCUUGUUAAAUCUGUUAUUCUCAUGAUCUUCACAUUUGAUGGUGAUACUGUAAUGAGACAUUAGAAGGAAAUCACUCCUAGGCGAUAAAGAGUUAAUGAAUUGAAUUUUGAAAUAAGUUAAGCCUGGAUAAAAAUGUUGCCACUUUUCAUGGUGAUAUGAUUUAUUUAUUUAUUUUUUUUUAAUAAACAAAACUUUAUUGGAGACAAAACGAAAUAAAAUGUAAAUGUUAAUUUACAACAAUCAGUAAAAAAUAACAAAGUGACUAACUGUAUUUUAUAACCAUUAGACGUAGUUCACACAAAAAGAAAAAAAAAGGAAAAUGCCUGUGUUGAAGUAAAAAUCUGUCAGUUGCCACAUAUAUUUAAAAUAAGAAUUGCCACCAUUUUCAAUAAGGAACUGUUCUAAUAACUUGCUCACAAAUUCAUCUAAAUUUGGUUUUCCUGUAAUGCUCUUGCAGAUAUACAAAUGUUUCUUUUGCAAUAAAAUCAGAAGACAUAGAGGAGAGGAGUCUUCAAAUGUAUUGAAUACAAUUUGUCUAUUUGAGAGUUUUAUCUUAGUCUUGUGAAAAUCAUGAAACCUUCCUAAAGUUUACGUAAAGAAAUCAGUUGAUUCUUGACAAUGUAUAAAAGUGUGUUCAAUUGAGUCUGGAUUAAUGUCAAUUGUUUGCAUUAUUUUCAAUUAAUUGUUGCCAUUCCUUUAGAUUGGAAAAGAAAGGCUCUUGAUUCUCCUGUCCCUGAUCUACUUGGUGCACCGUUGGGAUUCUUUCAGUUGGAAAAACAAUAGUUUCAACUAAAUUUCGUUGAAAAAUUAUUAUAAACAGUUUAUUAAAAGACUUGAUACUGAACCCUCUGCAAUAACGUCUUGGAAGAAACAUUUUCCAGAACUUCCUGAUCGGAGCAAUACAUAAGUCUUCAAAAAAUAAUAAACUUGGACAAUUCUCUUUUAAAGUUAUGCACAGAAUAAUUCCUACCAAGAAAGAACUGAUGAAAUAUAAAUUGGCCUCUGAUGACAAGUGCUCUCUAUGUCUUAAUAUUGAAUUUAUUUUGAAAUUCUUCAAGCAUCAUGGCAAUAUUAGUUAUAUGAUUCAUUUUCAAAUUGUUCUUUGAUAGGAGAAACAGCAGAAAUGCCAGGGAUGUACUCGUCUGGAGAAUAUGACAUGGCUGGUUUUUCUGUGGGAGCUGUUGAACGUGACAAGGUUCUUCCUAGGACACAGAAUAUAAUUGUAGAUGAUGUAGUCAUUGGUUUAGCAUCAUCUGGUAUCCACAGUAAUGGCUUCAGCUUAGUCAGGAAAAUAAUUGAGAAAGCUGGACUGAGUUAUGAUUCUCCGUGUCCUUUUCCAACCACUGAAGGCCUGCAGUCCAUCACUAAAUUAGGUGAAGCUCUUCUUUCACCCACCAAGAUUUACUGCCAUGCUCUUCUUCCCCUGAUGCAUGCUGAGAAGAUCAAGGCUUUUGCACAUAUAACAGGUUAGAUUUAUUGGAUUUUUACUUGCACCCAUGACUUUGCUAACUCUUUCUACCAUUUGGGAGGUAUUCAUUACACUGUCUUGUCCUACCUAAUCCUUUGCCACUCACAUACUUUGUGAAAUAAAGGUAGGAGCUAAUGAAAAGUUUUCCAAUCUUUUAGGAUUCAGAAAGAAAAAGGACACAGUGAGAAAGGAUUUUGUUAGUAUAUAUCCUAGUUCACUUACUUCUGCCUCAUCUCCCCUCUCAUAUGUCAAUCUUUGUGUACCUGUUUCCAGGUGGAGCAAGUCCCUUUUAGUUUGUUCCACCCUAGUCAUGUCCUUUUCCAGUCCAGUUCAGUCCAGUCCAAUUCAGUUCUGUCCAGUCCAGUUCAGUUCUGUCCAGUCCAGUUCAGUUCUGUCCAGUCCAGUUCAGUUCUGUCCAGUCCAGUUCAGUUCACUUCACUUCAGUUCAUUUCAGUUCAAUUUAUUAUUAUUUUUAUUGCAAUUUAAAUCUUGUCGUUCCUAUUGACUAUUGUAAUCUCUUCAGGAGGAGGUUUAAUCGAAAACAUUCCUCGUGUCCUGCCCCAUGGUUUGGGGGUGUCACUUGAUGCUAGCUCUUGGAGCAUGCCGUCAGUGUUCGGGUGGUUAUUUGGACAAGGGAAUGUAGCAACAGACGAAAUGGUGCGGACUUUCAACUGCGGUAUCGGAGCAGCCCUUAUUGUUGGUCAAGACAUUGCUACUUCGGUUAUGGAACAUCUUUCAGCGUUGAACGAAAAAGCUUGUAUUAUAGGAAAGGUCACUGAAAAUAGGGAAAACGUUGACAGAGUUAUUGUUAACAAUCUUGAAAGUGUGCUGUGCGAGUCUGCUAAAAGCGCAGACAUUAAACACCAGGAUGACAAUGAAACUGUCAAACUACCAAAACUAAGCAGCGUGGAAAUGGAGCGUGGAAAGAAAAUGAAAGUAGGGGUACUAAUCUCAGGCUCAGGAACAAACUUGCAAGCUCUGAUCGAUCACAGCUUACGGGAGGGCAGUAGUGCAGAGAUUGCUGUGGUCAUAUCAAACGUGCCUGGAGUUCAGGGUCUAACGCGGGCUCAAACAGCUGGUAUACCAACUAAAGUAAGCUUGAUUCUGAAAACUGAUUCAACUGCUUUGUGUGUUUUUGGCUCAUUUUCGUCCUUUUUAUACCCGCUUCAUCUUCUAAUAUGUAUAUCUAGGCAGAGAAACUGAUAAUGAAUCCCUCCUAACGCGAAUCCGAUUAGUUUGUUACAACUUGUACAAACAAGCUUUCCAUAACAUGUCUGAGGCACCACAAGCGUUAAAAAAAUUGUGAAAUGCAAAGCAGCUUUGUCAGUGAUAAUGAUAGUAAUGAAAAUGGUAAUCAUUUACGGACUGUAUAUGAAAACUGUGGUUUAAGAAAUGAAUUUGAAAGCGAUCUUCGCCGUAAGGAACACUACUUAAACAGUAGUGUAAAUAAGGUAUGAGAAAAAUUCACGCCUCUACAGGAUGUGAACCCAUGACCUCUGCGAUACUGGUGUAGUGCUCUACCAACUGAGCUAGCCAGCCAACUGAGAGCUGUUAGAAAAUGGUAGGGGUUGUGAUGAUAACGAUAACGAUUAUGAUAAUGAUGACGAUAACGCUGAUGGCAAUAAUGAAGAUGACGACAAUGUUACUGAUAAUGAUGAUAACAACAGUAUAAUGAUGAUUAUAAUGACAACGCUACUGACGGGCAGCGUGAACAUUUUUCGCGAAUUUUCUUUCGCGGGUUGGUUAUUUUCUUUUUCGUCUUCGAAGAAAUUUCGUUGGAUUUAAUUUUUGCUAUUUUUUGCUCUAGCACCAGAACAUUAACUACAUAUGAAAAAUUUUCUCAUUUGUUGAGUUCCGUGGAGGAAAGGUAUACGGGAGAUUAUUUGUAGAUGAGUAUAUGUGCAAAGAAAGCAAUUGGAACUUAAUUCGCAUGAAGAGUUCUGUUACAUUUCAUUUUCCGAGAUGUUUUUUCGGGCGGGAACGCGGGAAAAUAAUUCUCUAUUAACCAAAAUUUUCACACUUUGUGUUACAUGUGUUAUUUCUUACCAGUCUAUAUUCUGUCUUUGCAGAGGUUGCGAGAAAAUGUUUUGUUAAAUUUCCGUUGUCUGUUUUCCAGGUAAUCAAGCACAAAGAUUUCAAAAGCCGUUUGGAUUUUGACAUGGCAGUGCAUGCAGUAUUGGAAGAGGCUGGAGUAGAACUGGUUUGUUUAGCAGGAUUUAUGAGAAUUGUAACCGGCGAGUUUGUUCGGAAGUGGCGUGGUCGGCUGCUGAAUAUUCAUCCCUCUCUACUUCCUUCAUUCAAAGGCAUGCAUGCACACAAACUUGUCUUGGAGGCAGGUGUGCGCAUAUCAGGGUGUACGGUUCACUUUGUGGAGGUAAGCGCGGUUCGCACGACGCUGAAUUUUAUUAACUUCCCUACUGUACCAAAAAAAUUACAGAUUUAAUCUACUGUUACUAAUAAACCUUUCGUUAUUUUCGAAUUAUCCUUUUCGCUCGAUUUAACGCUACGGCGUUUUGAGCUUUUUUUCUUUAUUUUGCGACUAAGUGCGACGCAUAUUUGGGAGUGGUUAUUUUUCAGGUGGCGCUUAUUUUAAAGUCCUCAAAAUUUAAAAGCAAAAAAUCGUGGCCGUGGAAGAGACCCUUUUUUUUUUCGGAAUAGCGCAGGCUUGCGCUUUGCACUAUCAAUCAAUCAAUCAAACUUAAUUUAAAGAGCCUGAGGGUGACAUAUUAAUAAAUAAAGAGGGUAAGUUUCCAAAGAAACGGUGGUGCUGCGUCGGUGGGAGAGUAUAGCAGGUAAUUUAGUGUUAACAACUGAGUUGAAAACGUAAAUUGGUCACCAUAAAGAGUUUAAAGGCAAACGUUUCGAGCGUUAGCCCUUCGUCUGAGCGAUUGGAAGAAUUUUGGGUUGUGUGUGGGUUUCUAUGCAGGAAAUGGAGCAACGCUAUUGGUGGGAAUAUGGUGACGAGAAAAUAAGACGCUCGAAACGUCAGCCUUUUAACUCUUUACCGAUGGCCAAUUUACGUUUUCAACUCAGUUGUUAACAUUAAAUUAAACGCUUAGUAAUGUUUUAGCUGUCACAUUCGGCGCUCACUCAAACACUGCGUUCAAUCUCUCGUGGCUUCAUUGCGUUGACAGCUUCGAGAACAGGCGUAAUUUUUUAGCGUUUUUCAGGCGAAUGGAGACAAGCGCGAGGUGCGAGUCACGUACUAAGUGAGGAGCGCUCAUACCUUGGCGCGCGACUCACGCUUCGCCUGGUGAACUGAAAUAAAUGAUGCCUGUUUUGCAGGCUAUCGCGUUAACGUUACCUCGAGAUUACUUUUUGUAACGAUUUUAACUUAACCAUUUUAGCCAAAACGUUUUCAAAAGUGUUUUUAAAUUGACAGUGGAAAUUUAAAUGCUGUCCUAAAACAACUGAUUUCUUCUCCUUACUUGGAAUUUGUAGCUCUAAUAGUAAUCUGAUGACUUAUCGUUCUCAACAGGAAGAGGUUGACGCAGGGGCAAUAGUGGCUCAAGAAGCAGUCGAAGUUAAACACAAUGACACAGUGGAAACACUGCAAGAAAGAGUAAAAGCCGCCGAGCACAGAGCUUACCCGCGGGCCAUGGAACUGCUUGCCAGUGGUAGAAUAAAACUUAAUGACGAAAACAAAGUCCAGUGGAUGUGGUAGUCCCACCACACACAAGUGUUUGAACUAAGUGUCUUAUUCUAGGCUACUUCAGCAAUAUUAUAAGCUGAGUGCUAUAAUUGGGUGAAGGGCAUUAAGUAUUAAAGUAUGCUUGGCUUUAUUAAGUGAAGACAUGAAAGUGGCAUGGAAAUGUUAGUAGAUGAGAGGGAUCCGUGCACUUGUAAAGCAUUCAUGCAGAAAUAAAGUUUUUGCCCGAG